AUGCCUCAGGGAGAUGUAAGCUCUCUUUACGCACAAGUUCGUCGCCGUCUCAUUGAAAGUGGGGAAUGGGACCAACUGCGCGCUGUUAUGCACGCGAAACUCAAUGAGGCUGGAUGGUGCGACGAGAUUCAUCACAAAAGCAAAGAAGUCUCCAAGACUAUCGAACCACUUUCUUUCAAAGCAUUACAUGCUAAAGUGGCACCUCAAGCAGAGAACUCGGUGCCACUUGCUGUCAAACGUGAACUUUCGAGCUUAAUCAGGCAGCACAUCGAAAAGCAAUUCGAAUGA